UUUGGUCAACACGGACAUUCUUCAACAAAAACAAUGUUUCUUCUCUUCAUUCCAAACUCCCAAAAUUCAAUCCUUCAAAAUUUGCACUAAAAAAUGAACACAUCAAACCCAACAGCUUCUCCUCCGCCGUAUUCCACCUCCGGCGACACCGAACCCUUCCUUCUCCGCACUCGCCGCUCCCUCAGCCGCACACCACCUCCGCCACUCCGCACCGCCGCUCGUUUCUUCCGUCGAGCUAGCUCAGAGCGCAUGAUGCUCCGUGAGCCGUCGUUGCGUGUCCGGGAGAGGGCGGCGGCGGAGGUGGAAGAGCGGCAGAGUGAGUGGGCUUACUCGAAGCCGGUGGUGACACUUGACGUGGGGUGGAACUUGUCGUUUUUGGUGGUUAGUGCUGUUGUUUUGUGGGGUAGUAGGAAGGAGGAGGCGUGUGUGCCUCUUAGGGUGUGGAUUUUGGGGUACUUGUUGCAGGGAUUGGUUCAUUCUUUAUUUGUUGUUUUGGAAUUUAGAAGGAGGAGAAGGAGGAAUAACCGUUUUGAAGAUGAUUCUUCUUCUUGGAGUUUUAGUUCUGAGAGUGGUUCUGAUGUUGUUUCUGAGCAGUUUUUGGAGAAUCAGGAAAAUAGGAUUAUGAAGUACAUAGAGUCAGCAAAUACCGUUCUAUCAUUCGUAUGGUGGAUUCUUGGGUUCUACUGGGUAACUGCUGGUGGUCAGAGUUUGACAAGGGAUUCGCCUCAGCUUUAUUGGCUUUGUAUCAUAUUUCUUGCUUUUGACGUUGCGAUUGUUGUGAUUUGUGUUACUGCUGCAUGUCUCAUUGGAAUCGCUGUUUGCUGUUUUCUUCCAUGCAUACUUGCUAUUUUGUAUGCAGUGACUGAUCAGGAAGGCGCAACCAAGGAAGAGAUUGACCUGUUGCCAAAAUUUAAGUUCAGAAUAGUAAAGGAAUUUAAGAAAGAGUGUAAUGCCCAAGAAUCAUCCAGAGGAGUGAUGACGGAAUGCGACAGUGAUUCAGCUUCUGAGCAUAUUAUUGCCUUAGAAGAUGCAGAAUGCUGUAUUUGUCUUUCGGCCUAUGAUGAUGGAGCUGAACUUAGAGAACUUCCUUGCAACCACCAUUUUCAUUGCACAUGCAUUGACAAAUGGCUGCUCAUCAAUUCUACCUGUCCUCUCUGCAAGUUUAACAUUUUGAGCACUGAUAACCUCCAAGAAGUUUGAACUACUUACUCGGAGCAUUGACAAGGACGACGGCACAGCCCUUUUCCAUAACAAUUGCAGAUGAUAUACUGAUAAAAAUUAGAGAAAGAAAAAAUAAUUUUCAUCUCUAACUUGAUUAGAUAAGGAUCACCUUCAAUAGUAAUCAAAUUUCUUGCUCAUGAUCUCACUUAUUGUUUAUUACUGUUUCUCCUAAAUGACAAAGUUAUAAAGUAGAAUGAAAAUAUUAAAAUCCCUGUGUAUUAUUAAUGUUAGUCUUGUAAAUUCACAUGAUUGUGUGGUGGUCUAUAGAAAUGUUUGUAUUAGUACAAAAAUGUUAUGAGGAGUGAAGAUUCAAGUA